CGCCCGAGGAGACAGUGACGUUGACUGUGACUUUUGACACCAGGCAAAACGUAGGAUCCCAGCGGUGUGAGAUCGAAUUAAGAGCGCUCAGUGUACGCCUGGUUUACCUGUGCCACGGUUGUGUGGUGCGCUCUCCCGUGAGUGCAGUGACUGAUGUCGCUGCUGUUUCACUUUAUAUCUCUCUAUCCCUGUCUCUUUCUUCUGUAUUCCUGUGAUUACUAACUGCAGUGAUGUGCACGCCAAGUAUUACGGUGUCAUAGACCCUUUCAAAGUGUUCUAAAAGGAUUGGGAUUUGGAAGAGGAUUAGUGAUCAGCGUCAUCAUGCUGGACGACCUGAAGCGCGCGCUGCGCAUGGAGUCGCCAGCACCGCGACUCAAUGAAUCAAACCUCAAGAAACUGUCCAGAGGCCUCAGGUCGUCCAAGAAGAGUCUUCACUCUGUACAUUCAGCCCUGGAGACCUGCAGCGUCCCAGAUGGCCAGCUUGGAGGACGUUCCGUCUCACUGGUGAGUAUUGCCAGCUGUUAUACUCCAGCUGGUUCCUGUCCAGGCUGCUGUUGGCUGCAAUAUAGUAACAGAAGUAACAUAUUAUGCAUACAGGUCUGGGAAUCAUCGAGGCGACGGCGGACAAUGGAUGAUUAUCAUCCGAAAUGGCGUAUAUCCUUAACAGUUGUCAUACCUUUAGUAUACCUCCGCUGUGGUCGAAGUCGGCAAAGCCGGAGUCAGUUUCGUUACUAUGGUCGGCUUCAUGGUCCCUGCUGCCCUCGUCAUGAACAUUCACACCUUGUGUGGUCAUCUGUCCUGGCUGCUCCGCCUCGCCAGCGUCACCACGAAAAUGAGCCACUUGACCGAAAUGAGCGUGAGAACGUUAAUUUUUACCUCCUGCAAAUUAUGAGAGAAGUUGAAGGUCUCUAA